AUGACCGCUUUGCUUGUGAAAAUUUUAUGGAAGCAACAUGAGACUGUUCUACCUCCAUCGAUGGACGAAGUUCUAGCUAAUGAAGUCAACACGCAGAUGCAGGAGGCUCGAGCGUGGACGUACAAGCUAUGUCGCAGUGAGAACGCCAUCAGUCCCAAGUCAUAUGAUGCAGUACGCUCGCCCAUGCUAAAAUUGCCCACGAAGAAGUCAAUGGUAGUCGAAACGAACAGCAAAAAGCGCCGAUUUUCGUUGCGGAGGUUGUUCAAGCACGAGAACUACCCCCAUCAGAACCAGCAAGUUGCGGUCUUUGUGCCGCCAGUGACCAUACCGACCGAUUUUCUUACCCGAGAGAGGCAUGGCGCCGUUACCGUUAGUGGCAAGCGCGUACCCUUUACGUGUGACGCUCACAAGCGCAGAAAGAGAACGAGAAAGUCCCUGCCGUGCAUAAACGAAGAACACGCUCUCGUACCUGGGAGCUCGUCUCAGGAAGCCUAUCGUCGGCGUGCGUAUUAUCCAGCCAAGAAGAAGAACAAGGCCAAAAAGUGA